AUGGCGGAAGGCCCGCAGGCACAGCUGGAGCAGGAGAAUGCCAAGCUCAGGCGGGAGCUCGAGGUGCUUCAGAUCACACGGGAGCAGGAGAUCAAGAAGUACGAGGAGAACCUCGCCAAGUCCAAAGAGAGCAAUGUGGAGGCAACCGAGGUCAUCGAGCAGAGGAAUUCCGAGAUGGAGACCAUGAAAAACAAUCUUGUGAAGCUGACGCGGCAGCUCGACGAGGAGGUGUCCCGGAGGGACCAGGUGCAGGCGGAGUCCCAGAUGCUGGAGCGCAAGGUGCAGGACCUGACGAAAGGCUCGCCCUUCGCGGGCCCGGUCACCCGCGGGAAGGCUGGCGGCAAGGACGCCGACGACCCGCUGGCCAAGGAGCGCGGCAGCCAGGCCUCGGCGAAAUUGAUGCGCGUCGUGGAGAACUGGAUGCGCCAGAAGGACCUGCAGCAGGCCCUGCUCCGGGGCGCCUCCAUCAACGACCAGGCGUUUGCCACGCUGGCGAUGGCCCUGAUUGCCCCUCGCUCCAGACCCUGGACUUGUCGCAGAACCUCCUGA